AUGCAACCUGCGCCUUCUGAAGCUUCCCAAAACGCGACUUCAAUAGACCAACCUCGAUUUCCUCCUUAUCUUCCUACACAGCAUGGAGUUCCAGACACUGAACGCGCGGCCUCUGGCGGCCCGCUCUCAACGAGCAGCCGCAGAGUGUCUCGUUCCCCCGAGGAUAAUACGGACAACUUAUCUGUCAGCUCUGCGGGCACCCAGCGCGGGCGGAGAGCCAACACCAGACGGAUAAGCAGUCGGGAAAAUUCUUCACAAGACGGCUCUCCUGGCAGUCGCAUUGAUGAAUAUGAAAGGGCUCAUGCACAACCUCGGAAGAGAUCCGAUGGAAUGAUCUUUCAAAUUGUUCCAUCCGUCAAAGGCAAAUCCCAGAGCGUGUCAAUUGAAAGUUUUCCGAAUGAGGUCUUGACCCAUAUUUUGUCACACCUUCCUCCGGAAACUUUAUCUUCCAUGAACCUUGUAUCUCAGCGAUUUCACAAGUUGGUCACUACACCUCCUGCGUGGCGCAUUGCAUUUGCGAGAUAUUUUCCUGGGUCCGAAGCACUUGGUCAGGCGCCUGGCAAAAAUACACGCGACCCUGAGUCCGACAUUGAAAGGGCACAGCGAAGACGCUUCACACGAUUGUCAGCAUUGUCCUCGUGGAGGAGCGAGUAUAUUCUUCGAACACGAUUGCUCCGUUCACUCAGUCGGGGAAGGCCUGCGAUAGAGGCUGCAUCUCGAUCCAGUGCGUCUCGUCAUGCCAGUAGUGCUUCUGCCACCGCCGUUACGAGAUACGCCUCUGGCCUGUAUUACCCUAUCAGUCAUCUCCAUGCAACAUUUGGCGUUGGCCUGAACAAAAAACAGCCCUUGUUUAUGCAUGGUGCCGUUGAACAGGGAGGAGUGUCUCUGAGUGAUCCAAAUGUCGGCAAACCAGGAAAUUGGGGCUUGUCCGAUUUUGAGGGGUUCAAACACUUUGCAGAUCAAUAUCCAGGCGAGUUGCCUUAUGGCUUAGGACCCGGUAAUCUCGUGGGUAUGCCAAAUGUCAUGGACAUCAGUCAACCCUACGGCAAGUUAUACGGCGAGGCGUGUCCUGACGGCCGUCUCUAUUAUACAUCCACGACCGAACAGCGGGGCCGAUUUGUUCCAAUCUCGUCCACGGCCAAUCAUGCUCUUGGAAUUCCCGAUGUGACCAUGAUCGGUUGCGCUGUGUGUUCUGUUUGGUUGGCAAAGUCUGAACCGGUUCUCACCGUGACUAAUGGAAUGUUUGGCUUCCUUGCCGGCUUCUCCAACGGCGUCCUUGCCGCCUACGCUUUGGGCGUCAAUCCUGUACACGAUCGCCGCUACGAAAAGGGUGAGCCCACAGCCAAAUGGGUGCUCUGUCCAGGUGUGCCCAUCAUUGGCAUUUGUGUUGAUGAGAGAGUUUCGGCUCGAAGAUUGGGCUCUCACCGAAUCUGGGCCACCGUCCUCAAUGCGCUUGGAGAGGUUUACUACCUGACAAAAGUUCCCGUUCGACCGGACUUUGUUGGGAAAGCCUCGCCUAACGACAUCGAUCGCCUCGCAUGGCAAACCGGCAAAAGCGUAGAAUGGUCGCUCGUGGAGGCCACUCGACGAAGAGCCAAACCUGACCCAUUCGGGACUGUACAGGUCGAUGGCAGCUAUAUUCCACGAAUCUCAAGCGAUGAAUGCGAUUUGAGCAACGAUCAGAUCAUCGCCGAGACCAAGGAGGUUGAAAAGGCGUUACUGUACAAACCUAAAUAUUUUCGGAACCUCUGUGACGGCUGGGAUAUGCGGCGCAGACUGAUGGUCGAUUUUGCCGGAGAUGAUCAUCACGGUGCUGGGGAGGCCAUCUUCAUAGUUGAUUGUGGUCUGGAUCCUGGCAGUGCGGCUUCAGUGCACCGUAUCACCCGCUGCAAGACCAAGAUUGCUGUUGACUUUGACCUCGACAACUGGCCGAUGAUCCAGUCGACAAUGAAUCGCCCAUCCAUUUUUGGAACAGGCUCCCCAGCCCAGCAUGAGGCACACUCGUCGCCGGCUUCGAGAAGUGUACCGACGUCACGCACGUCGAGCCAGGAUGAUAGCGCCGACUCCAGGUUUAGGGAAGAAUGGUACAUCUCUCAAUUCUCCUUCGCGGAACAUCGGAACAUCCAUAUUUCCGCUUUGGCUUCUGAUGAAUCCGAAUUUGCCACGCUAGCCAUCUUCGAAGAUCCUCUUCUCGGAAUGUCAGGUGGCUCAAACACUUCCUCUCCCCUAGCCUCUCCUUUGGGCCACGUGUCUUCAGCCGGUUUCACCGCUGAAAUUCCUGGUCAUCGCGCUCGAUUUCUGGGAAUUGGCACAACGUCAGGCGUUGCUAUGCUCUGGGACAUGCGUGCCGGACUUUCGCCAAGUCCUGACAUCGUCAAUACCGUCCAGCCGGUCCGGAUCAUACAUACAAAGUCCCCUCAAAUUGCAUCAAUCGCCCUCACCUCGUUGUAUGUCGUUCAUGGAGGAAAUGAUGGCCUUGUUCAAGCGUGGGACCCGCUGGCAUCGACGAAUGAACCCAUUAGAACUCUCAAUUCACGAUUUUCUGAUCGGGCCAGACGACGUAUUGCUCAAGCCGAAGCGUCCAUGCAGGGUGUUGGCAAUAAUUACUAUGCCGCAGGUGCGAUCGUGUUGGACCCGGAUCCUACAGUUCUACGCGGAAUGGUUUCUUUGGGAACCCUGCUUCGUUACUGGUCUUACAGUUCAACAGCUGCCGAUGCCUAUAAAGGUCGCAAAAGAGGUCAGCUUCGUCGCCGAUCGGAACACGGGAGCAACUCAACCCCAGCCGGUCUGAAGGUUAGCGCCACCGGUCGUGGGUUACUAAAGGAUUACAUCACCAACGAGAGAUUCGAAAUGGAAAGGGAGAAAAUCGCAAGACACAAAGAGAACGAACGCCUGAGUGGUCGAUUUGGCACCGACAUUCUGGGGGAAGGUGCAAGUGAGGAAGAACUGCUAGCCUACGCCACCAUGCUUAGUGAAGAGGCAUUUUCGACGGAUGAGAUGAAGAGGAAGGCGAACGAGGGUAGCAGCUCGAUCGCCUCGUCGAACUCACCUCAACGUCGCAAUCAAAGUCGGACUGGAAAUGCUGCAGCCAACGCAGUCGACGUCGAUCUCGAAGAAGCCAUUCGACUCAGUUUAUUGGAUAGCGAGCCAGUGUCGUCUCCCUCCGUUGCGAGUGAUUUCGAUAUACCUAUCAGGUACGCUAAAGGGUCCAGACAUGGCACCCCGUCACAAAAAACAAAGGCUGGUAGUAGCAAGGCGCCAGUAACAGCACUGGAAGAGGAUGAUUUGGAGUUUGCCUUGCAAUUGAGUCUUGCCGAAGAGCAAAGUAGAUUCGUGCAUGACGAGGACUUUCCAGCUCUAGUAAAGUCGCCUAGUCCGGGCACUGAUGGCACUGGAAAGGGAAAAGGGAAGUCUAGGCGUCGUUGA